UGAGUCCCACUCACGCAGAAAAGGCCACACGACGCGAGCGUACGGGACGAGCGGGGGCUGCGACUGCAAGGGAGGGAGAGGGAAGGGGGAGAAGAGGAGUCCGGAGGAAGCAACACCCGAGAGCGAGAGAUUUUGCUUCGCUUUCGCCCUUGCUCGAGCCUCCCUCUGCUCGCGCGGCCGCCGGGUGGGCACGGUCCGGCCCGAUCCCCGCCCGAUCGCCGCGGCGGAAGGAGCAUUCGGGGAGCUGCUCGAUGAUGGAGUCGUACGCCGCGUCCCCCAAGGACGGCGGCGGGGGUGGCGCCGAGGGCGGCCGCGCCGAUGCUGCCACCGGCCUGGAAGAGUCGAUGUGGAGGCUGGGGCUGGCCGGCGGAGAGGAGGCCGCCGGGGAGGGGCUGCCGGAACGGCCCGGCGAGGCCAACUGCGUCUACUACCUCCGCACGGGGGCCUGCGGCUACGGGGAGACUUGCCGCUACAACCACCCUCGCGAUCGCGCUGCCGCGUUUGAUGGAGGGACAAGGACCGCACGCACAGUGGAGUAUCCAGAACGCCCAGGUCAGCCACCGUGUGAGUACUACAUGAAGAAUGGGACUUGUAAGUUUGGCUCUAAUUGCAAGUAUAAUCAUCCCAGAGAAGGCGGUUCUGUACAACCAGUUGUCUUAAAUUCCUGUGGUUACCCUCUGCGUCUGGGUGAGAAAGAGUGUUCCUACUAUAUCAAAACUGGCCAUUGCAAAUUUGGAUCAACAUGUAAAUUUCAUCACCCAGAAGGGCCAGAACAUGGUGUUGUUUCAGAGACACCAAACAUGUAUCCACCAGUUCAACAACUGCCUGUCUCUUCCCCUCUUCCAUAUCCACCUCUAGCCAGUUGGCAAUUGGGGAGGCCUUCUGUUCUGCCCGGAUCAUUUUUCCCGGGCUCUUAUCCUCCAAUGAUGCACCCAUCUGCAGUCAUGCCAAUGCAGGGAUGGAACCCUUACAUGCCACCUAUCAACCAAGUCGCGUCAGCUGGGGGACAGCAAACUGUUCAGGCAGGAUCAUUGUAUGGCUUAUCACACCAAGGACCUCCAUCUGCAGUUGCUUAUGGCAGUAAUUAUGCAUCGUUGUCUUCUUCAACAUGGCCUUCAAUUGACAAACAAGAAGUUGUCUUUCCAGAGCGGCCUGGGCAGCCUGAAUGCCACCACUACAUGAAGACAGGGACCUGUAAAUUUGGAUCCACAUGUAAAUACAAUCAUCCUCAGUACCUGAGUACACCUAGGUCCAACUAUAUGCUGAGCCCUCUAGGUCUUCCAAUUCGGCCGGGUGCCCAGCCAUGUCUUUACUAUUCACAGCAUGGGUUUUGCAAAUUCGGUCCCGGAUGCAAAUUUGAUCACCCACUGGGUGCUCUGAGCUACAGUCCUUCAGCAUCAUCGCUUGGUGACGUGCCUAUCGCUCCAUAUCCUCUCAGUCUCCCUGUUGCUCCUAUGGCCCCAUCUCCAUCAUCUUCUGGUCUACGGCCAGAUUACAUUCUGGCCAAGGACUCCUCAGCAAAUCAGCCAGCGUCACCUGGAACUACAUUUGGAAAUGCUGGACAGUUGUCAAAAAUUUAUGCUCCACACAUGCUUCUCCGUCCUCCAACUUCUGCAACCGGUGCCACUGUCACCAUCCAUGGUGGAGAGUUCUGAUCCCAUUCUUGGGAUGAAAAUGGAUAUUCAGAAAGCUUCUCAAGAUGUUUUUUUUUGGCGUAGAUGAGAUGAGAUCUCGGCUCGUUUUUGCUCAGAUUCGGUUCUACAGCAAAUCUGUUUCCGCUUCCCCUCUCAGCAUCUGUUCACCCAGAACCCCCACCCAAUGUGAAUAUGGCUGGAGCUGACAUAGACAACGACGGCCAAGGUGGCAGUCUUUGCCAUCUGAAUAAAUGCAUAGAUGGGGAGUGGCAAGCUCGUACCCUGCCAUUUUUCUGUUCAUUGCUGAAUUGGAAGAGGGAGAAUCCUGAAAUCCACUUAACUGGUGCCCAUUCUAUCGGUACAUAAUUAUCGAAGGAGGCCACAAGAUGCAUCAUUACAGGGAGGUUUUGUACCUGCAGGCUAUUGGGUUCGGCAAUCUUGCCCAAAUCUUUGCUCAUUUAACCAUCUCAUAUGUGUUAUGCAACUACGAGUCUACAACUUCUGUAAUAUGUAUAUGUAUAUUCAUAAUGCGAACAUAAGAACGUCGUAAUGGAACACUCGAACCCUUGAUGGAAUCAUCUGCAGCUAAGUCAGCUCAGUUGCUUAA